AUGGCGUCGAACUUGUAUAUGACCAAAUCUCUCGGCAAAGAAUGGCUUCCAUCGCCGGUUCGAGGAAGUCGCUUCGCCAACCAUGACAGCCACGAUGGUCCAUGGUCACCACUCAAAAGCCCCAAAGUCAGGUCUGCACCUCGAUACGAAGCGCCCAAGACCUGGAAAAGCAGCAGCAGAUACAGUCGCUGGCGAAGAUGGACUCGACCUUAUGAACGCAUUCUCCUCGCCUCCAUUAUUCUUCUGAUGUUCUGGACCUUCCACGGCGACCUCCAACAACGAAUCUCGAACUUCCAACACAACCUUCAUGCCCUUCUGCACUCGUCUGAAGGCUCGAACCAGCAUCUCCAACACUCAGAAGACCCCACUUGGUCUCAAUACGCCUACCACUUCCACGCCCACGACCCUUCCACCCUCUGCUCUGCCCUCAUCCAUCUCCAAACCCUUCAACGCCUCUCCUCCAAACCCACUCGCCUUCUAACUUACCCCUCAACAUGGACAACUUCUUCCGCUCCUCUUCAAACCAAUAUCCUUCGCCUCCUGCAACGCGCAGAGAAAGACUUCCACGCAAUGCUCCAGCCCGUCGACAUUCCCACAUCAACCUAUGAAGACAGCAAAGCCAGUGCCGAAUACUCCAAAUUCCUCCCUUUCAACCAAAGUCAAUAUACCCGCAUCGCCCACCUCCACCCCAAAUCAACAAUUCUCUCUCAGUCUCUAGACGACAUCUUCCUCUUCUCCUCAGCAGAUAUUGCAAUGCCGCGCAAAUACUGGCUACAAGGCUCCGACUCGAAUCUCCUCUCCGAUCUGUUGCUAUUGGUUCAACCCGACCAACUUCUAUUCGAAAGAUUAGUCAACCUCUUCGUUGCUGAAGAUGCAAGUGAAACUGGAAAUAAUGUUCUAUCGACUACUCAACCACAACCUCGAAGAACAUUCAUGUCCACACUUGUCAAACUGGUCGAGGAAGCAACGUUUCUGCCGCAUAGGGAAUAUUUGUUAAGAGAUGGGGAGUUCUUCCGAUCGGGAGAUCAUGCGGCAUAUCUGGGUACGGAGGAAGAGGUCUGGGAUCCGAUGAAGGUGAUUGACGAGGCAAAGUUCGUUGUGUUCGACGAUGAGGAUGGUGGCGAAGGAAUGGGGACGAGACAAGGAGGUUCCCCAGAUUGUGGAAGUCGGAAUGGGGAGCUGAGGACACCAGGUGGAGCAGCGACUUGCGCAGAAAAGGAGAUCUGGAAGCGGUUGGUCAGAGAUCGGAGAGAUAGAAAGAUGGCUCUUUGCGGCGUGGAGUUGGCGGAAGAGGAUGGUGAGCGUGGUGCGGAUCAGGAUCCAGAAGCGUUGGAAGGUAAGAAAUUAGUUAUAAUUGAAGCGUGA